AUGGAGAGUAUCAAGGACUGUUUGGUGGCGGAUCGUUUGGUUGUGGAUGAAACAGGGCCUGCGUUUUCUUGGGUUUGGGCCAGCCCAGUUCUUGGUGGGAGCGAACAAUCCCAACUACAGCAACUUAUUAAUAUUGUUUGCGGUGUGAGUUUGGGCCCAGCAAGUCCGUUCGUGUGGAAUAAUUGGGUUCCGAAAAAGGUGGCGAUUGUUGCGUGGAGGGCAGAAAUGGACCGUCUCCCGUCGAAAUGUGCGUUAAUUCGUCGGAACAUUCCGGUUCAAAAUGAUCACUGUGUCUUUUGCGGCGAAAGUUCGGAAACAAGUGAACAUAUAUUUAUAUCUUGCCAGUUCGCUCAAAUUGUUUGGCAAAUCAUAGCUGAUUGGUGCAAAAUCCCCCCUAUAUUUGCUUUUGGUAUUAGUGACUUACUGAGCCCUACCGGUGUCCCGGCAAGUUCUAGGAAGAAGUGGAAAGCGUUACAUGCCAUUGUGCUAGUGACUUUUUGGAGCCUUUGGAAGAUGAGAAACGAGCCGGUUCACAGACAGGUGGUCCCGAAUAUUACAAGGAUAGUGGAUGAAAUUAAAGCUAUGGCAUUCCUAUGGGUAAAGAAUCGAUCGAAGUUGGCGGCCUUAACAUGGGAGAAGUGGUGUCGGUUUGAUGUUGGUGGUUAG